AUGGCAGAAGCACUAGCAACAGCUUUCACAGAUAAUCUCAUGACGUGUAGCAUCUGUCUGGGAGAGUAUGAGGACCCCCGUGUCCUGCCUUGCUACCAUACAUUUUGUUUCGGUUGUAUAUCUGGCUAUGCCUCGAAAACUAUAUCUCGGGAAUGGACAUUUUUCUGCCCUCUUUGUAAAGAACGGAUACAAUUGCCAAGAGAAGGACUCGUGAGAUUAAGAAAAGAUUUCCGUGUUCACAAAACGAAAGAGAUUCUGAGUCAGAGACAGCAGCAUGAGGUCUCAACUACAAUCAGAGAAACAAAUGUUACUAGUGUGACACAAGCCAUUGCACAGGGGGCAAUCUGUUGUGAGAAACAUCCUAAUAAUGAAUCAAAAUAUUACUGUGAAGAUGACGAUACUGUAAUAUGCUGUGAAUGUAUAUUAACAGAACAUAGUGGGCAUCGUAUUUCAUCGAUUGAGCAAACUGCAAAAUGCAAUAGAGAUAAAAUUAAAUUUGCUCUUGUGAAAGCCAGGAAAAGAUUCAACAAUAUAGAAGAGGCAGUUAUAAAGGGACAGACAGUUGUUAUGGGAACAGUCAAUGAAUCAAGCGACUCUCAAAUCAGGGCAGCCACUAUCGAAUGCAUCAAAAAAGAAGUUCAGAGCAUGUGCAAAUUAAUUUACCAGAGGGGAGAGACACUGAUAUCAGAGGUGAAUUCUGCUUACGAUGAAAGAAAGAAGCAGAAUGAGGCAAACAAGCACAACCUUGAUCUCCACCAUGCCUCCCUGCAAAGUGCCUGUGACUUUGCCCAGGAACUUAUCACUAAUGGCACAGACUUAAAUAUCAUAGUUCAUGCAAAAUCUCUGACAGAGAGACUGGCAGCAAUGAAUGAAACACUUGUCUCAUCUCUAAACAGGCCUACAUUGAUAUCAUACAGCCCAAGUAAAAUAUCUACUGCUGAACUAGAAACCAUGUUAGGACAGGUGACAGUACAGUCACAAAUAACAUUAGGUCCAGCUCCUGUUUUCUUAAAUAAGACAGAAUGUGUGCAUUCCUUCAGUUCCAAGCUGAAACAUGAUAGAGUAGUGUGUAUAUCUGGGUUGACCAUAGAUGAGGAACACGUGUUUGUAGUGGAUAAAGGAAAUGGCAAAACAAAAAUAUUCACACAUACUGGAAAGUUUAAAUUUGACAUUAGACAAAACAAUCCAUUUGAUGUGACAGUGUCACAGACUGGUCAGCUGUAUAUAACAUCACAGGGUGACAAAUGUGUCCAAGUGUACUCCACCAGAGGUCAGCACCUAACAACCAUGGGUCAAAAUCAACUUGAGGCCCCGUGUGGUAUCACAAUGAGCAAUGAAGGUCAUGUGAUGUAUGGCACAGAAGGCAGUGGUGAUGGUCUGCUGAGGUCAGUAGAUACAGUGUGCACAGACAGCUACGGGCACAUCUUCAUUAGUGACUUUCUUUGCCACAAGGUAGUAGCACUGAGUCCACAGGGAAAGUUUAUCAGAUACAUUGCAUCACAGCUAGAUGGGUUGCAGGAUCCAAAUGCAUUAGCCAUCAACUCUGCUGGCCAGCUGGUGGUGGCAGAAGGACAGGGAAAAGUUAAGACAUUCCAAUAUUUACAGUAA